AUGGAUGACCACUUGGGGGAUAGUCUCUUUAACAGUUACAUUUUGAAUACAAGUAGAAGCAUAGAUGGAAUUAGAAAUGUAAGAAGUGAAAUAGAUAUGAGAAGUGUAGGAAGUGUAAGUAAUGGAUCCAUAGAACUAAAUAGAAGCAGCAGCUCGUGUACGAGCUACAGCAGUGGUAGUAUGAGAAGCAUGCUCUGUAGUGAAUCUGGAGGGGAAAUGAACGACAAACAGAAUCACACGGUUAAAAGCGUAAAUGAAAUGGACAGCAAAAGUGCUACAGGAAUUGAACCCGUACGCGAAAAGGAUUCCUUAGAUGUAGCAGGGGUUAUGGGUAAAGAAGUUGUCAAAAAAAUGGCAUCUAAAGAGGGGAAAGUUGGAGGAGCAGCAGUUGGAGGAAGGGGUGCCGUGCAGAAUGACACACCUGCCAAGAGACGCACCAAUCUGUUGUGCUCAAUCAAUCCAGUGUUGGAAAACACAAGCGAUAUAGAGAGGUUUGUGAGGGAACAAAAAGAGUUUAUGGCUUUUUUAAAUUCAAUGGAUGCAGUUGCUCUUCGAGAUUCUAAGAGUUGGUGUAUGAACAAGAGCUUGAAUGGCAAUGAUAGUGAAAAGGAUACAACUGUCGAUGAGGAUAACAAAACGGACGAUGAGUUGGAAGAAACGGGUUCUAAGUUGGAAGAAGAGGGUUCUAAGUUGGAAGAAGCGGGUUCUAAGUUGGAAGAAGCGGGUUCUAAGUUGGAAGAAGCGGGUUCUAAGUUGGAAGAAACGGGUUCUAAGUUGGAAGAUACGGGUUCUAAGUUGGAAGAAGCGAGUGCUAAAUUGGAAGAAGCAUGUGCUGAGAAGGCUAGUCAUACAGGAGAUGCAUUAAAUGAUGAUAAGCAUUUCGAAGUAGAAUCAUUUGAUGGAAUUAACUGGGAAUAUGAAUCAAUGGAAAAAAUGGUUACUGCUAAGGAUGAAGGGGUGAGUGUGAUGGGUGACGGGGUGAGUGCGAUGGGUGAUCGGGUAUGUGAUAAAAAGGGAGAGAAAGACAUGAACAAUUUAGAGGUUACAUCCAAUCUGAACAGCAACAUAUUAUUUUCGUGCAAUGUGGAUGAAAGCAAAAUAGACGGAAAAAACGGAAAAAACGGAAAAAACGGAAAAAACGGCAAAAAUAGCAAAAAUAGCAAAAACAGCGAAAACAGCAAGAACAGCAAGAACAGCCACUGCAAUGACAGUAAUGAAUUCAGUUCAUGUGAUGAAUUCGGGGAAGUGUUCUCAAAGGAAGAUGAGAUAGAAUUAAAAGAACUGUGUAAUGGAUCAGAACAGAAAGAUUUGUUAAGCAGAUUAGUGAAUAUGAAAAGAGCAGUUGAUGAAUUUGUAUUAAAAAAUCAAAUAAGAAAAUUCCCGGCAAAUUGGGCUAGCAUAAGGAGAAGAAAAAGAAAAGUAAAAUACAGAUUUGAAAAAGAUAAAGCAGGAAUUUUUGAUUUCGUCAUGGCAUGUACUUCAGAGUAUAAUGGUUUUAAAAGAUGCUGGAACGUUGGAUUGACAUUUAUAAAUAUAACUGUGUUGGAUAUGAAGAUGAGUUACCAUUUUAAAUGUGCAAAACAUGAUGAAUGUGUAGGAGAUGCGUAUGUUGUUUUGGAAAAGGAUACAGGUAAUGUAGAAAUAAGAAUUAAAGGAGAUAUAUGCAUAGAUUUUCACGAAUUAAUUGAAGAAAGAGAAAAAAGUAAAUUGAAUAGAUAUAAAUGGGAGUUUUUAGAUUUAUGUAAUAAUGUAGACGCUGGUAAAGAGAGAGUUGUUGCAAUGGGAUACAAAUAUUUGAAUAGUAGUAUUACUGGUAGAAGAUAUGUACGAAAUUUUAUCUGCAUCUUAAACUCGCAUUGUAAUAGUAGAAUUCGUGUUGUUCGAGAUCGGGAUACAGGAAAAACUUGGCUAGAAUUAACGGGUUCUAAUCAUGAAGAACAUUGCCCAUACUAUGUCACAGCAGGUAAUGGAAAUCCUUUUAAAAAUGAUAAAACAAGAAGUCUUUAUGAUUGUAUACAAAUAGAAGCAAAUGAUAAUGUUAUGUCUAAUGAUCAAAAUACUGUCAGCAUUUAUGAUAAUGCAAAUUUAAAAAAUAGCUAUUUUGAAAAUUUUGGAAAAAAAUUGCGCAAUCAUGAUCCAUUUAGUGGUGUCAACUAUGGCUUAGAAGAUAAUGACAAGAACGAUGAUAACAAGACGAAUGCGAGAGAAGUUAGCAUUUCUAAUUCCUCCAAGGGAGAUUCUUCCAGAGCCCCAAAUGGAACUAAUGGUGCAAUCCAAAAUAGAAAAGGUGAUACAGACAAGAAAAAUGCUACAAUCAGUGGAAAUCCAUACGGAAGCAUUGUGAAAUACACACGCUCAAGAAGAGAGAUAGCUAAGAAGAUGCUAGAAGAUAAAAAAAAAACUGAAAUGGAUCAGCGUUGUCAAAAUAUGCAUAUACUCACUGAAAUAGGGAAAUAUAAAAAUUCAGCUUAUGCAUCUGCACACGUUACUUUGAGGAGGGCCAUGUGGUACAACAAAGAAAACAUGACAGGGGAAUACAGUGGAAAAGUUAUUGCUGGUGAUAGCGAGUUAGACUACACAGGAACUAGUUCACAUCCGUUACCGCUGUCCGAAAGGGAGAGUAUUAAGGAUGAUUUUUCUGUCACGAGCGAUAUGUUUCCCACUCGUCAGUACUCGAAGGCUGAGGAAGUGUCAGAAGAUGAGUGGGGAAAGAAGAAAAAGAGAUGUAACGAUGGAGGUAGUGGUGGUUGUAGUGGUGGUUGUAGCGGUGGACGUAGCGAUGGAGGAAAUGACAGAGAUCGUAAGAAAACAAGAGUAAUUAAUAUAGGCCAAAUCCCAGAAGAAGAAGCCGUAAAUCUGUGUAAAGGAGUAGAAGGUUACAAGCACCCAGAUGGUGCACCGACAAAGCUAAUAAAUGCUAAUAAUGCACCAAAAAAAGAGGAAAAAAUGAUGAACCAAGCUUUUGAAGGGUUAAUACAUAAUGGAAAUAUGGAAGAGAAAGAAAAUAAAUUCGAUAGACAGACAAGAGAUGUACCUAUUGGUGCACAGAUGCAUAUGGAUGGAGGCAUGAGAAUGCAUAUGAACAAAGGGAUAGGAAAUGUAUCCCCUUUAUAUUUAGGACAAGAUCAUUCUGCCCAUAAUGAAGAUCUGAUAAGUAUUCUUUCAAAUUUACACAACAAUUUAAUAAGAAAUGCAUUGAUCCCCAAAAAUUCAUGUGUUGAUCAGAAUAUAAGAAGCAUGAAUAACUCGAUCGGGGUUCCUGGUAAAGUAACUGUUGGUGGUACAGUUGGAAUUGGAAAUAUGAAUAAUUAUCAGUGGAUGAAUAAUAAGGAGAAAAACAAUCCCUCGUUUGGAACUAAGCAAGAUAACUUGGAUAUUAACAGAAUGGAUGGAUCUGCUGGAUCUAAUAUGAAUGUAGGAGACAUCAACAGAGGAAAUUUGGUAAACACUUCAAAUUUGAACAUGGUACCUUCUCACCAUAUGAAUGAAAUAAGCAUGUAUCAAAACGAGAAUCAAAAUGUCAUGUACAAUUUGGAGAGGAACGAACUGGUGACAAAUCCGAAUACACAAAUGGGAAUGUUCAAUAAUUUCAGCAAUGUGAAAAACGUAGACAUAGGUGCAGUGUUCCAAGGUGACACAAGUGCACCUCAUACAGGUAUACCUCAUACAGGUACACAUCAUGCAGGCACACAUCAUGCAGGAACAGAUCAUAGUGGAAUCAUAAAUAACAGAAUGAUCCAACCAUGCAACAUAGACAUGCAAAAAAAUCAAUUUCAAAGCAGAACAAAUGAAAUGAUAUUUCAGAACACAUUUUCUAAAAACGCACUUGCUUCUAUGAAUUAUCUGAAUAAACAAAAUACAAAUUUUAAAGAAUUUCCACAAAGGAAUGUAGUAAAUGAUUAUUUCAGGAAUAAUUGUGGGUCUACAACUAUGAGCAGAAGUAACACAUGCGCAACUAUAUUGAAUGGGUCUAAUGCUGGAGAACGGAUGAGCUAUGUAGGUAGAAAAUCCAUAAGACAUAAUAGUACUUGUAUUCCAGGGGAAAAUUCCGUUUCCAUUACUGCAUCUCGUGAAAGAUUGUACAGAAACAAUUGCUUCCCCGUGAGCAGAUGCAAUGAAAUUGGAAAUGACUCUAACGCAGGUAGAAACAUACCAUGGAAUGUGCACCGUUUAAGCAAUUUACCCGCUGCAUCUAUUCAGGUUAAGGGGAGCGGGAGAAUCAGCAAAAAGGGCAGCAACGAUGAAAGAAAUGAAGAUAGAAACGGUGUCAGAAAUGAAGAUAGCAAAAAGGACAGCAACGUCAACAAGCAUGAUGGUCUCAACCAUGCUGAGCAAUCCAGGGAUAACUACAUUAACUCCAAGGAGUACAACAAUAUGAUGCCCAAAUAUGAAAGAGAAAAUUACCAUCGACAUGUGAACAAUGCUAAUAUUAAUGAAAUGUAUGAAAGGAAUGAUUCAUGUACUGAUUUGAGCGAACAAAAGGAUGAAAACAUGCAUGAUGAUGAGGUGGUAUAUCAAAAGGGGCUAGAAAGGAAAAGAAAAUACAUCAAUAAUUACAAUACACAAGGGGAAAAUAAUUUGAUAAAUACAUUCUCUCAUGAUUAUAUAAGCAUAUCCAGUUUUUCGAGAAACAAUGAAAAUAAUACAACAUUCCCUUCUUCACCAGCUGUGAAAUGUGCAAAGAUGCAUCAUCCAUUCAAUAAUGAUGGUGAUACUUCUUUAAAUGUAGGUAAUGUGGUAGCGAAUGGAAUGGGAAUUGUACCAGAGAUCAACAUUUCCAAUAUGUCUGAAAAUCCCAUCAACUUUGCAGAUUGUGAAUCAUAUGAAAAACAGACCAAUUUGUUAAACAGCUUCAACAAUACGAGUAUGCAAAAUGUGAAUGGUAACAAUUGUCUCAACAACUUUAUCCCUAUUCCUCAGCACGACACAAAUACAUCGAGAGACCCGAUAUAUAACAGUAGUUCAAAUGAUGCAUUUGGAAUGAGUCACAACGUGUCAAGUUCACAACAGGAGAUGGGAGAGUAUGAAAUGAGCACUAAUCAAAUCAUGGAAGACGGGAAAUUUAUGAACAACUUAAAUAUGAUUCCGCACGAAGAUCCCCCGUUGAAUUGUAUGGCAGUUCCCAACCGGGUAGAAUUUCCCAACCGAGUGGAAUUUCCCAACCGAGUGGAAUUUCCCAACCGAGUGGAAUUUCCCAACCGAAUGGAAUUUCCCAACCGAAUGGAAUUUCCCAACUUGAUGAUGGAACAGCAGGAAAAUGCAAACAGAGAGACAAAUGUAUCAAACGAGUCUAACACCGAUCAGAUGAAUUACUACAACUAUGACUUCGAAACUGAUGAAUACACACAACAAACUGGUGGAAUAGAAUUUAUGAUGAGGAAUUAUAAUGCACCUUUAAAUAACAGUAGUGGAAAUAUGAAUGUAAAUAAUGUUUCUAAUGAUAUGAACAAUUUUUACGUGGGAAAUAAUUGUACAUAUAAUUAUUCAAAUGCAGUAGACAAUAGGAAUAAUUGCACACAAAACAAAUCAUUUAACAUGCCCAUGCAGAUUUUUAAUGUAGAAAAUCCCAUGUCACAACAAAACAAUAUACUGAAUAAUCAUCACAAUUUAAACCCCAAUGAAAAUGAUAUUAACCCUAACAACACUGUCAACAGUGGCUUAUGCAAUAAUGGAAUAAUCUUCCAUGGAGAUAUGCGUAAUGAUUUUCAAAAUGACAUGACCUUUUCAUACAAUAAUGCAAACAAUAAUAAUCAUUACUAUGAGAACAAUUAUCACAGCAAUGGUUUUCCUGUAAAUGCGGCCAAUGGCAAUGUCAUCCCAUAUGAAAUGAACGAUGGUAUCAAUGAGGAUCAAAACGACCAAGGAGAUUUUUACAAUCAAAAUUGUUAG